CCCUGGCGUCCCGGUCGGCGGCGAUGGCUUCGGGCGGCUGGCAAUGGGCUCGGAAGGCGCUUGCAGCGGGGCGGCCGCUGUUCCAGGGCCGCGCACUGCUCGUCACCAACACGCUGGGCUGCGGCGCGCUCAUGGCUGCGGGCGACGGCGUGCGACAGGCCUGGGAGAUGCGCGGGCGGCCGGGACAGAGAUUCAACGCGCGGCGCUCAGCCAGCAUGUUCGCGGUGGGCUGCAGCAUGGGCCCCUUCCUGCACUUCUGGUACCUGUGGCUGGACCGUCUCCUUCCCGCCUCGGGCCUGCGAAGCCUCCCGAGCGUGAUGAAAAAGGUCUUGGUGGAUCAGACGGUGGCUUCCCCCCUGCUGGGCGUCUGGUACUUCCUGGGCCUUGGCAGCCUGGAGGGCCAGACGCUGGAGGAGAGCUGCCAGGAACUGAGGGACAAAUUCUGGGACUUCUACAAGGCUGAUUGGUGUGUGUGGCCAGCCGCCCAGCUGGUGAACUUCCUCUUCGUUCCGUCCCAUUUCCGCGUCACCUACAUCAACGGGCUGACACUGGGCUGGGAUACGUACCUCUCCUACCUGAAGUACUGGGCCCCUGAACCCCUUCCGGCUCCGGGCUGCACGAACUGACCGUGAGCGUGAAGCCGAUGAAGAGGCCGGCGGACACCCUCCAAAGCAGGCCCGGGCUGGCCGUCCCUUCUGAGCCCACCACGGAGACU